CUUCCCCCUCAGUGCCUAGAGGAGGGGACAGCAGCCACACCAUGGCCCUCAGCGCCUCUGCUGUCCGCAGUACCUGCUGCUGCUUCAAUGUCCGCAUCGCCACCAUUGCCCUGGCUGUGUACCAUGUGAUCAUGAGUGUGCUGCUGCUCAUCGAGCACUCAGUGGAGGUGGCCCACGGCAAGACUUCCUGCAGGUUCUCCAAGACGGGCUACCUCAGGAUUGCUGACCUGCUCUCCAGCUUCCUGCUCAUCACCAUGCUCUUUGUCAUCAGCUUGAGCCUGCUGGUUGGGGUGGUCAAGAACAAGGAGAAGUACCUGCUGCCCUUCCUGUCCCUGCAAAUCAUGGACUACCUCCUGUGCCUGCUCACCCUGCUGGGCGCCUACAUCGAGCUGCCUGCCUACUUCAAGUUCGCCUCCCAGAGCAGCCGACCUGGCCCCUCCAAGGUCCCACUGAUGACCCUGCAGUUGUUGGACUUCUGCCUGAGCAUCUUGACCCUCUGCAGCUCCUACAUGGAAGUGCCCACCUAUCUCAGCUUCAAGUCUAUGAACCACAUGAAUUACUUCCCUAGCCAGGAGGGCUUGAGUCAUAGCCAGUUCAUUAAGAUGAUGAUCAUCUUCUCCAUCGCCUUCUUCAUGGUCCUCAUCCUGAAGGUCUACAUGUUCAAGUGUGUGUGGAGAUGCUACAGACUCAUCAAGUUCAUGAACGCAGCUGAGGAGAGGGGCACCCCCAAGAUGCUCCAGAAGGUGCUCCUGCCAUCCUAUGAGGAAGCCCUGUCUCUGCCAUACAAGACUCCAGAGGGGGGCCUGGCACCGCCCCCAUACUCAGAAGUGUGACGCUCCAGGCACCAGCUCUGGUGCUGGGAGGGGAGGGGUGGAGGCACCUCCCAGUCCGCUUCUUUGCUUUGGGGGCCCCUCUGGCCUGGAUGGACCACCCAGCUGACUUCAGGACAAUCUGCUGUGCCCCUCGCUGGCCUGCUUCUCCUGCGGGGCCUGGGAGAUGCUCAUAACUGGGUCAACCCUGUAGGCUGAAUGACUCCUUGGGUCUCCCCUAAAUUUAUCAAAAACACUUAUCUUGUUUUGAUAAGCUCUAACAUUUGUUGAGACAAUCGGUCCUUCUAAAUUUGAUGAGUCUAGUUGACCAGUUUAACCAAGUGACAGACAAAUCAAAAACGAACUUGCCAGUUCAAUUUGGCCAACGAAGAGCAGCCCCUCACACUGGUUUGCAAAUAGUCAUUUAACACAACCAUUUGGCCAGCGAUUGCCAUGGCUCCGCCCCGGCGGCCCAUCCGUCUGAUUUCCUCGCAGAGCUUGCUCCAACAACGACCAAGAUGGCCAACCCGAGGUCAAUUUAGAUAGUGAUAAAAUUCAAUCAUAGAAAAAAUCAAAUCAGCUUCCAAACCCUCCAAUUCAAUCUAAUCCAAUAACCGACUGCUCCUCUGAUCAGCUCGGUCCUUCUGAGAGGCUGAAUAAUUGUUAAUUUAAAAGAAAAUGUCAGACAGUUGCCAAGCCACCCCUCACUGGCUGGUUCCCAUCGGGGGCUUCCAUGAUCCAAUAGUCCCUUCCAACAUGCACUGUGCUGCUGAAGCGCUGCCGCCAUCGACUCCCGUGGGCCCUGCAGUCAUUCAGCGGGGGGCCUGGAAGCAGGGUCUCUGAGUCCAUCUCCAAUUUGUUCUUAGGCAACUCUGUCUGCCCGAGGCUUAUGUUCAAGGAGAAGUUCAGCCCUGAGAUCAGACAGAUCCCUUCAUUGGGCUAAUCCACAGCUUAGCUCAGCCACGACAGGCCAGCCUCUAAUGGGUGCAGACCCUGCGUCUGGGCUCGGGUUGGAGGUGGAGAAGGGAAGGCUCCGUCACCUCCUCUUUUAUGCACUUCCCUGCGGCUGGGCUCCCGAGGGAACUGACCCAGUGGCAGAGACAGGGCCGACGUGGGGGGGCAGGUUCUUCAGGGUCUGUGAAGGGAGAUGGGGGAGAGGGCUGGACUAGAGGGUCCCUGCCAACACCCCCUUCUGUACUUGCUUUGUGCGUGAUGGGAAAGACAUUUUAAUAAAGCAGCAACACGCUUC